AAAAUGAGCUUUCUAUUUAGUGAUCUUUACCUAUAAUGGCUACAAAAUUAGUAUUGAUCUAUAUUAAUUAAAGUAGCUACGUAGUGCUGUGAUAUCGCCCAAUGGCGGCCUUAUCACUGAGGAGGCAGGUAAAACUGGCUGCCAUCUGUCUCUCCUUCCUCACCAUCACUGGACUCUACCUACUGUGGACCAGCCGAUAUCCCCCCACUAGAUCUACUACCACUACCACUCGUACUCGACCAAACAAACAUUCUGUUAAUGAUUUAUAUAUCGAAUCGAAUCUUGAGCGACGAUACGAGUUACCAUGGCACCCACUCACUAAUCGCCCGAAAGAUCAUUUUAAUAUUUUACUCUCUCGUACGCUAAAUACAAAAAAUCCAAAAAAACUGAUCACGAAAUAUAUGAAUGAUCGACGAAAUGAGAAAAUUGAGAUUCAGUAUUCAGUCGGUCUGUCCCCUCCGACUUCCUGGGAAAACGGCGGGAAAGCGUCCAAUCAGAACGAGGAGAGAUGCGACGACAUACUGUGCACCCAGUACUUGAGUGGGCGGGACAGGCGGUUGUUUAAUAUUUGCCGAGUGAGGACAAAACGGAAAAUUAGCGUCAUACGAGCAAAAGAGGAACUAGACAAACUAGGCAGUUCGUACAAGUUCAGUAUUGACAGUGACCCCCUCACCUCUGGGCGUUGCCGAUUCAUGAAUGGUUCCGGCAGAGGUGUAACUGGAUUGGUCAGUUUUCCCGGGUCUGGCAACACGUGGGUGAGAGAACUACUGCAGACUGCCACUGGAAUAUGUACAGGAUCUGUGUACUGUGACGGGGCCUUGCGGUCGAGUGGCUUCGACGGAGAGGGAAUUCAAAGUUCAUCUGUACUGGUGGUGAAAGAACACACUCCGGCUCCAAAGUGGACCACUGUCAAAAAUGUACCACAGUUUGGCUUCAAGGAUAGGCCUCACUAUGACAUGGUCAUCUUCAUAGUCCGAAACCCAUUCCAUGCACUGGUAUCGGAAUGGAACCGUGAACUGAGUUUGAAGCAUGGUCUCCAUGGCAAUACAAGCUCCUCCCACACAGACUCUUUCGGCCCUGAAUACUUCGGCUCAUACAAAGACUGGAACUUGUUUGUGAGUGACAAAAUACAGAAAUGGGUGAAAGAGUUUAAUUGGUUAAUCGAUUGUCCAGACGAUCGAGAUGUAAUACUGAUUCGAUAUGAAGAUUUGAAAGAGAAUGUUACAAGCGAAAUUGGAAGAAUUUUGGAUUUCUUAUCGUUCUAUCUAAACAGAGACCAAAUUGCCGAGAGACUUAACUCUGGGAAAUCCAGUUUUCAUCGCAAGUCAACCAGAGCUUUUAACCCAUUCACCACUAAGCAGGAGCAGCUCAUUUCCAGUGCUGUAAAAACAGUUACCAACAGGUUAAAGGCUACCUUCAAACACACAUACAAACUUGAAGAAUACACUAAUCAUUAG